AUGCGCCUUGUUUCUGGUAGUGAGGCGGAGGUGUGUGGCACGGAAUUCGCCACAUAUUUCAUCACACAGCCAGCUGUUGACGGUCCGCCAGCGCAACCGUUUUUCGACGACAAAGGCUGGGAGAUGAUGGGCGAUGGGGGAGUGGUGGCUUCUUCCGGAGGGCCACAUAACCCCGCAUACACCCAAAAUCCCCUGCACAACUAUGCCCCUAUUCACACCGCACAGCAAAUUACGGGUUACGUCCCUGGCUACCCAGCCAUAACACAGGGUAUGUAUAGCCCAGACGGCCACUAUCCACAUCCGAUGGCCAUGGUGCGGUUAAAUCAACAUUAUGAAGCCCAGACGCAAGACGAACCCUCAAGUAGCCAUCACGGCACCAUGGUCCCUCGUGCAAAUGUGCCGCCAAUGUUCGUCACCACCCCGCCACAUCCUCACAUCCCAUCAGCAAAAGCCACCGAUCCUGUCAACAACAUUAUCAAUUGCCUCAUCUAUUAUGAUACGGGCGGUGAAGACAACGAGUAUACCCGAAAAGCCAUUGAAAGUUUGGUGAAGAAGCUGAAAGACCGGAGACAGGAACUUGACAACUUGAUCACCGCGAUUACCUCAAAUGGCAAAACGCCGACAACAUGUGUGACAAUAGCACGGUCGCUAGAUGGUCGUCUACAAGUUGCGGGACGUAAAGGGGUGCCACACGUCGUCUACGCACGCAUUUGGCGGUGGCAAAACGUCUCGAAGUCGGAACUUCAAAAGCUUCCGAUGUGCCAGGUCAUGGUGGACAAUCAGGAUUACAUCUGCGUCAACCCGUAUCACUACGAGCGUGUCGUUGGCCAUCCAUACGGCGCCCAGAGUCCCACUGACGAAGAAUUCGGCAUUACCCCGCUGAACCUCAUCAAACUCCAGUUCCCCGGAUAUUCUACAAUGAGGAUCGAUUCGGCGAUUACCCAGCAGUUUACCGCACCGGCACCCAGCCAGCAAUAUGUACGACAGCCCUCCAACCCCCAGCAAGCUCCGAUUCCCAUGGAUGCAACCGAUGCUCCAUAUACAGAAUGGACAGUCGCCCAAAAUUACGUCCAACCCUACCACCCAAUGCCCAUCACACAAGCACCGAGACCGGUUGAACCGGCUGUUAUUGCCUGCGACUUCACAACCAUCCGAAUCCCGCCCAUCAUCGUUAAUAGCUUCCCACCAAACUGGGCUUAUAUCAGCUAUUAUGAGAUGGACACGCAAAUUGGAGAUCCUUUCAAGUGGUCAUCCGAGCGCACUGAAGUCAACGUUGAUGGCGGGAUGGAUCCACAAGGCGAGAGGAACGGGCGAUUCUGCUUGGGAGCCUUGUCGAAUGUUCAUAGGACUGAGGCGUCGGAGAAAGCAAGACCUCACAUUGGCAACGGCGUUAAAUUAAUCUGGACAAAGGAUGAGGAGCUGUAUAUGGUAGUACAGUCGUGGAAAUCAGUAUUCGUCCGUUCGCCAUAUCUAGAUUAUUGUGAGGGUCUUCCAAUGAACUCAAAGGGCCAUAAAUUGACAGCGGCCACGGGGCAAGUAAAGUUAUUCGAUCUCCGCUGGGCCUAUCAAAAAAUGUCGGACCAAAUGCGCACGGAACGUAACGCGGUAGUGCAACAGGCUGCUGCAGUGGCUGGUUAUCACACAGCCCCCACCCCGAUGGGUCACGUCUCAUUCGGCGAGGUUUCGGCUGGGGCUGAUGAGUUGCAACGGGCCUACUGUUCUGUCGGCGUCUCGUUCGUCAAGGGAUGGGGAGGCGGUAACUACAGUCGAGCUAGCAUUAAGGAUACUCCCUGCUGGAUCGAAAUUCAAUUAACACGACCCCUCCAAAUCCUCAACUCUCUUUUGAAAGAAGGCCAUCGC